CCUAUAUACGUCAGACGAAAUCAAGCAAACAAACUCAAUAGUUUAGUCCUCUGUUGUUCAACAUCAUAACCAUCAAUUUAAUAGAACCAAGUAAAAAGAGGCAAUAGGAAAAUAUUAAUUUAUGCUUUCAUGGAACAAAUGAUCACGGUAUCCAUGUCAAAUCAAAGAUUUAAAGUAUAUUUCAAUGACUUGGCUCAAUAGGCAGAAGAUAAAUCUAAUGCAAAAUUGGAAAAAGUCUAAAUAAUUUUCAAGAAGGGCGGGUAAAUGAGGCACGAAAAAAAUUGUUCCCGGCCUGGAACGGCUAAAUUUCAUGAAGUGCUCUAAAUAUCGGCUUAUCCUUACAGACUAACGCAGACAGUCUCUCGCAGUAUGGGCCAUGGCGGACUCUCAGAGCUUGAGCAAGCAAUGAAACCCUUCAAUAAAGAUAAUACUAAUUUUAACACACAAACUCCUGGCAAUCUUCUGAGAAUCUUUCGAAGGAAACAAAGUAAAAAUGUUAGAAAGUGUAAAACCCAUAUUCCUUAACAGUUUCAAGACUCGCAACAUUGCGAAAAUAUAGUAUGCGCCUUCGCAAGAGACUCCUGACAAAGGAAUUGAAAUGCAAGCUACUGCUGCUAGCGCCACACACACUGUUGCAGUGACAUAACUACUCAUUGGAAGACAGCUGGCGAUAAUUCUAUACCUUGUGGAAAGCAUCUUCGCAACUUCCAAUCGAAAGCGGCUUGAAUAUUGGGAAGAAAAGCGCUCAUUCGAAAGUAAAUCUCGCUUUAAAGCAAAGUAAAAUUCUAGUAACAGAAGCUUCAAUAUAAACUUUUAUAAAACAUGCCGAGAGCUACUUCUAAGAAGAUGAAAAGUAAAACGACUACUGAGGAUUUAACAACAUCACCGGAAUUAUCUGAUUAUGAUGUUCCAAUCAAAAAUGGAUUGCAAUCUAUUACAAAGCCAGAAAGUAAGAAGAGUUUCUGUGAAACGGGCAAUAAGUCUGGAGGUGGUGAUGUUGUAAUUGAUAACAAUACAAACAUAGAUUUUGGAAAUGAUUUACGAAAAAUGUUGGAUGUCUUUGGCACAGAUGUUAACAAAGCUCUACAGGUGAAGAAGCAACGAUUGGAACAGUACAGUACAGGUGCAAUGAAAGCAAAUGAAGUCAAGUUAAAAGAGAUGCUGCAAUAUCAGUCUGAAGGAAGGAGACAUCAUCAUGAAGAAAUGAUCAGGAAUGUUAAUUCUGUUUUAGAGCAGUGGAAUGUAGACUUAUCUCAUUCAAGAGACCAGGAAGAAAAAAUGAUAAAAAUUGUGCAGCAACAAAUGAAGAUAAUCCAACAGAAUCGCACUUCUCAACUUCAGCGAUUAGCAUCUCUUCGCCAAUUACAUGAAUCAUAUAAUAAGAAUUUCUUACAACAGGAAGCGAAGCAGAAUGAACAGUGUGGCAGCGUACUGCAAGAGCUGCGAAGGGAACUAACUGAGCUGCAGAAGAAGAUGAUGAUUGACAGCCAGAAAGAGGAACUGGCACAGAUGCACAAGUCCUUACAGAAGAGUGUGCUCUUCAUGUAAUAUAACACAAAUAUCUCUCUGCAGUUGUUUGAAAACAUAAACACAGUAUUUACUGGGUUAUUAGAGUAUUCUUAUGUUUUAAUGUUACUAUAUUUUGUUGCUUUUGUCCCAUAAGCUUUACCAAAUGGAAACAGGGGAUUUGAACACUUAGGUUGCCAGCUUGAUUUUAACUCUGGAGGUUUAUGAUUUAGCAGUGUGCUACUGUAAUACACAGCUAACUGGACCCCACUUAAGCUGAUGAAAGUUAAGGUGGAAAAGUAUGUCUACCAUGUAACACUUUUAAACUCAGAUAUGUUUCUCGAAGGAAGCGGAAAGUCUUCGUAAUCCAUUUUAGAAUGUUAUGGAUAUUUACUCAAGAAAAUUGCUCUUCCCUCUCCCCAUGUUAAAAAAAUGCUUAUGACAUAACAUAUUUAAUUCCCUGUGAUCUGUAAAUUUCAUUUCAAUUAAUUUUGGAAUUAAAAUCUGUUGGCUGGCAUUCAAUAUAAAUGUUUCAUGCUUGGAUUGCUACUAAGAAGUCCAGAUUUUCUUUAAUUUUCUGAUCAGUUCUCCAGCACAUGGUUUUGUUAUUUGUCCUUCAUUACACAGGAUAACAAUAGUUUUUGUUCACAGACCACAUGUCUAUUUAUUCUAAUCUCCAUCCUUGGUUUCUUAGUUCCUUCUGCUUGUUAAUACAUCAGUAGUAAAAGAUUAUAUUUAAUUGACUACACAAUGUAUUUAUUGGUAUGAUAAGCUCUUGAGUUCAUACUUUCAUGCAAUAAAAUUUUCUCUCGUUGUUGAAUGCAGCCAGUAGGCAUUAAAUGUUAGUUAUGUUUCUAAUGAUGUAUUUCAAGUAUUCCUUUUGUUCGUAAAUUACAUAUGUUAUUGUUUAGAUCAGUAAAAUAUAUGAAUUUUGUAUUCAUCUUAAAACAGAGAAAGAUCAGCACAAUUUCCUUCUUACAUGUACAUGGGAAAUGAUUUCUGUACAUUAAUUCUUGACAGGCAGAUUGUUGCUGUUAAACACAAUGUGUUCAUCAGAAAUGGUUCAUAUUAAGUAGAUAUAUUUUCUUCUUGAAAUCUUGUAUGUACCACUGUAAUAUUUUACUGUCUGAAGCAAAGAUUAAAAAUAUAUGUUAAUGCAUUUUCUUAUUA